UUUUACCAUAGCAAUAAUGAGCGAACAAAAUGGGACGCCUCCUGGUUUCGUAUACUUCCAAACAAAUGCAAUAUCUAAUAAAGAAGAUACUCCUGAUUAUUUAGCGUUCAGUGAUAAUCAUACGACGUCUCCGAUGCAAAGUAGAUUCAAGCCGUCUAGUUUUAGCAGCCCGCAAAAAUUUCAGAAAAGUCCCAGGAAUUAUAACAAUCGACAAAAUUUCCGAAACAACCGUUAUUCAGGGGGUAAUAACAGCAACCGAUCUUACAACAGUUCUAACAACAGUUUUAAUUCGAAUGCUAGCCAAAAUAAUUCGUGGAAACGUGGGGAAAAUAAGCCAUAUAAAAGGACACACAGUAAUUGCAAUAAUCAAAAUGACUUGUGGAAGUAUUUUGAACCAACAUGUUUAAAGGAUCCUUGGGAAGCUUUAGAAAGGUAUCAUGACCAGAAACAAGCAGAACAGAGGGUAAAAGAAAAUCAGUUGGAGGAAAGUAAACAAAAUGAUGAUUUGGUAGAAGGAAGCAGUAGUUCUAGAAGUAGCUCUUCAGAAAGUGAAGAGGAAACAUAACAUUAAUUUCUUGUUAGCUGAAUCAUCAGGUGUUAAUUUAUAACGUCCAACUUUCAAAUAUUUUUAUAUGAUCUUUAUUUUUAUAGAUUUCAGAUGGUAAUAUUUUUUACUGAAAUCUUUAAUUAAUACUAUAUAGAAUUCUUUCUUGUAUAAUUGAUUUAUUUUACAACUUUAUUUAUAUAUUUAAAUUGCUGCACAAAAUUAUAAACAAAUAUCCUAAACAUUUUUUAAAUAAAUAAAAGCAAACAAUAUUAAUAUUGGGUAGGCAGUCAACAAUAGAAUUAUGAAGUCUUAAAUUGUUGUAAAUAUACUUUUAAAUCAUCUUCAGAAAAUAAGAAGACAAUUAGAUAUAAAAAUAUCUUUAAAUCGUUUUAAAUGAGAAUCUUUUAUGUACAAAACUUUGAUCUCCUGUAGUAUAUUUUUAUAGGAUAAAGUGUUCAAACAGUUUUAGCCAUAGAGAUGUAACUAUUCUAUUCAUUUUUUAAUGCAUUGAGUAAUAUUUGUAUUAUUAUUAGGAAACAAUUAAAUUGAAUGAAGGGCUUAUUACAACACAUUCUAAAUAAAUUAAUUAAAUAUAUGUAUACACGAAUUUAAUAGUAUUGUGAUAUACAUUGCAAUAAGGCCUUCAUCUACUUUUUAAAUUAUUACUUAGUAGCGAGUACUAAUCGUGCAAUAUAAUUAUUUCAUGAAAUGUAACCAAAUAUUAGUUUGUCUUUAUUUAUGUACUUGUUUUAUAUACAAUUCAAAAGUACAAAUCUAUUGAUAUUCUUUUAAACAGCACUAACAAAGUACUAAUAUACAGUACGGUUUACAAAAAUUUUAUAAUGUUUAUAAAAUUGUCAGGGCAAAUAAAUAUUUAAAGACUUAA